AGUGUAGAUUUAUCCCAAAUAAUUUGUUUAUUUUUAUGUCUUGAAACAAUCUAAAAUCUUUGAGAAUGUCGGAGAGAGACUACGCGCCACUGAGCAUAGCCUGCGUCCGUGGGCUAUGUGACAAACUAUACGAUAAAAGGAAGUUCGCUGGAGUCGAAAUAGAGAAGAUGGUGAAAGACUUCAGCGACGCGAACAACACGAGCCAGAUCAAGCGGCUGGUGCGGGUGCUGGGACAAGACCUGAUGGCGUCUACUAACCCCAAUGUUAAAAAUGGGGCACUCAUGGGCCUCUCCUCGGUCGCUGUCGGCCUUGGGAAGGGCUGCAUAGCAUACCUGCCCGAGCUGAUCCAGCCUAUCGUCGCCUGCUUCAGCGAGAGUGAGUCGCGUGUCCGCUACCAAGCGGCCGAGGCACUCUUCAACGUGGUAAAAGUGGCCCGAGGUGCUGCACUGCCACACUUCCCUCUACUAUUCGACGCACUGGCGAAGUUGGCUGCGGACCCGGAGCCGCAAGUUAAACAGGGGGCUGAACUACUGGACCGGCUUGUCAAGGAGAUAGUGACGGAGAGCCCCGACUUCUCCGUGUCGGCGUUCGUGCCGAUGCUCCGCGAGCGCAUGUACUCGCGCCACGCCGCCGCGCGCCAGUUCUGCGUGUCUUGGCUCAGUGUGCUGGACUCCGUGCCGGCUUUACCGCUGAGGCAGCAUCUGCCGCAGCUGCUCGACCCGCUGCUCGUCAUGCUGGGCGACGUGCACGCAGAGAUCCGACGCAUGUGCGACAUUCAGCUGGGCGAGUUCCUGCGCAGCAUCAAGAAAGAGCCGGCGCGCGUGGAGUUCGCCGCCAUGAUAAACAUACUCAUAACGCACGCGCAAUCACCGGACGAGCUAGUGCAGUUGACAGCGAUUACGUGGAUCAAAGAGUUCGUGGAGUUGGCCGGGCCCGCCAUGCUUCCGUACGCGUCGGGAGUGCUGGCCGCCGCGCUGCCCUGCCUCGCCUACUCCGACGAGCCGCGAAGAAGCAUCCGAGAAACCGCCACAAUAGUGAACAUGCAGCUAACCAAGCUGGUGGAGGCGGAGUGCCCCUCAUCCUCCCCAGGAGCAGAAGGCGAGGAGGAGGAGCAGGGCCGCCUCAACCUGGACGCGGUGGUCGCGGUCCUCAUACAGAUGGUGCACCAGAGCUCGGUGCACACGAAGGUGGCCGCGCUGGAGUGGUUCCUGCAUCUCUAUAACAAGAUGCCCAAUCAAAUGUCAGCACAAUCGGGCCAAGUAUUCGUGAGUGCAGUUGGAAGUUUGACAGACGCGGCGGACGAAGUGGUGCGCCGCAGUCUCGCCGUCACCGCCGAGAUCUGCACCUGCACUCCUGGCGAUUUAGAAUCCAGUCCUUAUUAUUACAAGUUCCUACAAGCUUUACUGAGGCUGCUAGCUGCUGAUGAAAAUUUACUUGAGGACCGGGGAGCGUUUAUAAUUAGGCAACUAUGUGUUCUCCUAAACGCCGAGGACAUCUACAAGGCGCUAUCGAAGAUCCUCGUAGAGGAACCGAACCUGAAGUUCGCGGCCACCGUAGUGGACGUGCUCAGCAUUAUUCUGCUCACGGCGGCCGAGCUGCAGGACUUGAGGCUGCAGCUGCGCAACUUUACUGCGCCGGCGACGCAGCAGCUGUUCGCGGGGCUGUACCGCUGCUGGUGCCACUCCCCGGUGUCGCUGCUCGCACUGUGUCUACUUACCCACAAUUACGCGCACUGCAAUGCGCUCAUAUCCACUUUUGGCGAACUGGAAAUCACCGUGGACUUCUUAACAGAGUUAGACAAGCUUGUGCAACUCAUAGAGUCACCUAUAUUCGCUUACAUGCGCCUAGAGCUGCUAAGCGGAUCCCAAAGUGCGGAGCUGCGCGGUGCGCUGUACGGUCUUCUGAUGUUGUUGCCGCAAAGCGAAGCCUUCCACACGUUGCGCCGCCGGUUGCAAUGUGCCCCCCCUCCUGACAGACCGGCACUGACAAUACCUCCGGCGGGGGCAGCGGCGCCCGACAUCGACUUCGACGCACUCCUGCGCGAGUUCCGGCGCGUGCAGGCCGCGCACCGCGACUACCGCCUCGUGGAGCGCCCGAGGCGAGACCCCGCUUUUUCAUAGCGGGAAAUGAAUUCCCAGAUAGAUAAAUAGGAUACAA